GUUGGCAUCAAGAUACAAGAGACGGGCUCCUUCGAUAGGCCAGCUGAAAAAAAACAUAUCAAAAACAGUCUCAGAUGUCUUGCCGCCAUAUCACGAAGACCGGAGAGAUCUUUGAGAUGCGCGAGGAGAGUUUCAUGGCGGAUGAUCGCAAUCAUUUACUCCCACUCCCACGGCGACCAUUAAGUGGAUGUCAAAGGCGUGCUGCAAUUUGGCCAGGACAUUUCGAUCCGAUCAACGCCUCAGAUGGCUUCAUGGAGGCAUCCAUGAGCGAGGAUAUUUUUGCUGGGCCCGCUGUGCUGAUUAGGGGUGCUUCCAUGUUUUGCAACGCACUUCCACGCUCGCCAACUGGGCGAGUCGGCGUAGCGUACGAGAAUCUGGACCUGAUACAGAGAACGCUACUUGGUGUGACUUCUACCGCCGCAGAGCUCUAG